AUGGAGAGAUCCGCAUGUCUGGGAGGCAAGCCUGGCCUUCCCGGGUUACCUGGUGUCAUCGGUUACACGGGACUGCCAGGAGAGACCCGCAUGGAUGGCGCACCUGGAGCUCCAGGACCUCCUGGGCCACCAGGGCGACCAGCAAAAAAUAAACAGUAUUGUGAGUGCCCCUCCAGGUCGACUGAAAACCAGCUGGAAGCAUCGGGAGCUCUACCAAUUAGAAGUUUCAUGAUAAUGUCAUCAUAUCAAUCUUGA